GGAUUGGACUUCUUAUUAUUUGGAUUGGAAUUCAGUAUGGCCUGUCGCAAAAUUAUAUGUGAUUUACCACAUCUGAGCCGUAAUGGUCAGAAGAUCCUUGCACCUCUGGCCGUCAGUCCAGUGAGAUCUUACUCAGCACGGAAAGAUGUCGAAAGUGUCACACACACUGGACAAGUAUUUGACGAAAAGGAUUAUCGCAAUGUGCGCUUUAACAAUGCAAAACGUUAUGUGAAUGAGAACUGGGGUAUUAAGUUGGUCGAUGAAAUUCCACCCAAAGAAUGUACGGAACGCGUUGUUUAUUGUGACGGAGGUGAUGGUCCGUUAGGACAUCCAAAGGUUUACAUUAAUUUGGACAAACCUGGUGCUCACAUCUGUGGCUAUUGUGGCUUGAGAUUUGUUAAGAAAGAAGGCCAUCACCACUAAAUAAUUGAAUUAGUAGAAAAUAUUAAAAAAAAAUGUUUGUUCUUUAAAUAAAAUAACUCCAAUAUUUGAAUUUGAAUUAAUGUACAAAAAUUUAAA